UUCCUAAUAUGAUAUGCAAAUGCAAAGUACUAGACGUAGUCAACUCUUGAUCUGCUCAAUCUGGAUAAGUCUUGUGACCCAAAUUAAUUUGCCUAAAAACUAGGCAUAAAUCUACGAAACGAGGACACAAUUACAAGUCUAGGAAAUUAGCCAAUUCCCAAGUAAAUUCACAUUUACAGAUAUAUAUAGUUUCCUCAAUUUCCUCAUCCUCUGUCAACCGUUGCCUCUAAUUCCUUCCCCUUCACAAACACAUAACGCAAGGCGCGAACUUGCUUCAUAUCAUUUCCAAUUUUAGUUCAAGGAUACAAAUCACUUUGAAAAUUUCACACGAAAAAUACGAGCGAAAACUCGUAAUUCUGACAAUUAACGUUGUACAUUUUGUUCAAUCGAUCUCUCUGAAGUUUUUAUGUGCUUAGUCACAGUACUUGAUCGGUCUUAUUGUUUCAUAGAGGUACACAUAUGGAGUUUUUCAAAAGAGCCAGAGCAGUACGCUUCCGGAGCCACCACGACAAAUAUCUGUUAGCAGACGAGGACCAAGAGACUGUAUGCCAAGAUCGAGAUGGCACGGUGAAGAAUGCCAAAUGGACAGUGGAGCUUGUCGAAAAUGCAAACACUUUACGAUUCAAAAGCUGUUAUGGCAAGUACUUAACAGCCUCUAGCUUGCCAUUCCGUCUUGGAUUGCGAGGCAAGAAAGUUCUGCAAACCCUGCCAAAGAGAUUAGAUUCGUCCCUGGAAUGGGAGCCUAUAAAAGAAGGACACCAGGUCCGGCUCAAGACGCCCUAUGGCCAGUUCUUGCGCGCAAAUGGGGGCGUACCGCCUUGGAGAAACUCUGUCACCCAUGAUGUCCCGCAUAGAACUGCAUCCCAGGAUUGGGUUCUGUGGGAUGUAGAUGUUACAGAUAUUCGGGUUGCAUCGCCAGAACGUCACCCAGUGGCGAAACCCCCUCCUCCACCACCAGAUGCAUUACCUUCGGAGUCUUCAGCACCUUCAGAACCGACAUCUUCAUCUGAGAUUGACAUUAGAACGCCGAAGGCUUCCAAACAGGAGUCAAGCGAGUCAUUUGAUCAUGAUUCGCCAAGGAAAGAUGCAGGGAGAAUGAUCUACUAUCAUGUGGCUAAUGAGAAAGGAGACGUUGCGGAUUCAUCGGAAGAGUUUUCCUUCCCAUUCAAGGGUAGUGAUGUAGAGGGGUUGAAGCAAAAGUUGAAGGAAGAAACCGGGCUGGAGGAAAUUGAUGUGUGUUCACGCAAUCCUCUGAACGGACAACUAUAUCCCCUUCGCUUGCAUCUUCCGCCAAACAACCAUGAUAUGCAUAUCGUUGUAGUUCUGUCAUUGUCCGAAGGUUAG